AUGAACUCCCUGUCCAGCGCCCUGGGCCGGGCCCCGGAGCACCCCCGGCCCCUGUGCGUCCCGGGGUCCGUCGGCGCGGACGACCUCCCCAGGGGCUGCCACCCGAGGUUCAGCCCCGUGUCCCGCUGCCUCAGCCCGGGCUCCCUGCUGGGCCACCCGAGCCACCACAGAUCCCCCAAGUCCCAGCGGGACCUGAGCCCCGAGGAGCAGCAGGAGCUCCGCCGGAAGAUCAACAGCCGGGAACGCCGGCGGAUGCAGGACCUCAACGUGGCCAUGGAUGCCCUGCGGGAGGUGAUGGUGCCCUACGCCUCCUCCUCGCCCCCCUCCCCCGCCUCCCCCCCCUCCCACUCCCACCAGCCGGGGGCCCCGCCCGGACGCCGGCUCUCCAAGAUCUCCACGCUGGUGCUGGCCAGGAACUACAUCCUCCUGCUGGGCUCCUCGCUGCAGGAGAUGCGGCGGCUGCUUGGGGAGGUGAGCGUCGGGGGCGUCAACGCGGGCCCCGUGCCCAGACUGCUGCUGGCGGGGGGGUGGCCCCUGAUCUCGGGCCCCAGUCACUUGCUCCUGUCGCCGGAGUCGCUGCUCACCACGGCGGCUUCCUCGUCCUCCACCCCGUCCCACCCCGCCGCCAAGUGCACCAUCCUGUCGACGGGGGGCCCCGUGGAGCCCCCGCUGGCGCCGGUGCAGUGGGGCUCCGUAGGGGCCCCCGGGGAGGGGAGUCUGUGCCCCUGCAGCGUGUGCAGACUGCCCCGGUUCGGUCACCCUGGCUCCGUGCCCAGGUUUCCAAAGUGA